AAACGACGAGCUGCGAUACGAAAGGACGGGCAAUUGUGAUAGCAGAUCCCAAUUGGAAGUGGUACCAAUUCGAGUGGAGGUCCCUUUUUUUCUGCCCUCUUUUUGCUCCACCGCUUUUGGAGGAGCCAACAAGAGGAGGAUCUGGCCAGAAGUCCUUCAAGUUUGCUGCCCGCCUUUGUUUUGCCCUUCUGUCACCAACACACCAACCUUUUUCUCUUGACCGUUUUCCACCGCCAAUUGGUUUUGGCCACGAAAAACGUCGUCAAGAUGUCCAAGCCCACGAGUGUGACGGGCAGUGAGAGCGAGUUUGAGUUCAUUGAGACUCCCAAGCCCACUGCCCCUACUUUUGAGAAGGAUGAAGAUUGCGGUGUCCGCACCACCAAGUACCCCUCCAUCAAGAAUGCUCCUCUCCCAGCUGAUGGACCGGGCUCCGACUCCUUCAACAACAAGAUCCUCUUCUCCAUCCUGUUUGGCGUUCCCUUCUGGCUGAAGUGGAAGGUUGGCGGUGGCCUCAAGACCUUCAUCUUCUUCGCCAUCCUCUUUGAUCUGCCCAUCCUGGCGGGCUGGUGGCUUGUCAUCUCCGCCAUCUCCCCCCGCAAGACCACAAAGGCCAAGUACCCCGGCCGUCCCGUUGAGUACUACCUCGAGUUCAAGAAGGAGGCCGACCGUGCCAAGUACCAUGGCACCAACAAGAUCCCCAUGGAGACCUUCCACGAGAUGUACUUUGACGGUGACGUCGACUUCAAGGGCGACUGCCUCGAGGUCCUCGAGUACCGCCACGACUGGGCUAGCUUCCGCUUCACCGUCAGCCUGAUCAAGUACUUUUUGCUGGGCAUGAUUCCCGAGCUCAUCAUGCACACUCGUUCUCAGGAUGAGGAGCAGGUCCGAGACCACUAUGACCGCGGUGAUGACUUUUACGGCUGGUUCCUCGGUCCUCGCAUGAUCUACACCUCUGGUAUCAUCUCUGACAUCAACUCUGAGGAGAGCCUCGAGCAGCUCCAGGACAACAAGUUGACUGUUGUCUGCGAGAAGAUUGAGCUCAAGAAGGACGAGAGACUGCUGGAUAUUGGCUGCGGCUGGGGCACCCUCGCCCGAUUUGCCAGCGAGAACUACGGCGCCAAGGUUACCGGUAUCACUCUUGGUCGCAACCAGACCGCCUGGGGCAACAGCGCCAUGCGCAAGGUUGGCGUCCCCGAGGAGCAAAGCAAGAUUCUCUGCAUGGACUACCGCGACAUUCCUGUUCCCGAGGGCCGCUACAACAAGAUCACCUGUCUUGAGAUGGCCGAGCACGUCGGUGUCCGUCACUUUGGAAGCUUCCUUGGCCAGGUCUACAACAUGCUUGAUGACGAUGGUGUCUUCUUCCUGCAGAUUGCCGGUCUCCGAAAGGCUUGGCAGUACGAGGAUCUGAUCUGGGGUCUGUUCAUGAACAAGUACAUCUUCCCCGGUGCCGAUGCUUCUACCCCUCUCGGCUGGGUCAUUGACAAGCUGGAGGGUGCUGGCUUUGAGGUCAAGAAUGUCGAUACCAUUGGUGUUCACUACUCUUCUACUCUCUGGAAGUGGUACCGCAACUGGAUGGGCAACCGUGACAAGGUUGAGGCCAAGUACGGCAAGCGAUGGUUCCGCAUUUGGGAGUACUUCUUGGCCUACUCUACCAUCAUCUCUCGACAGGGCUCUGCCACCUGCUUCCAGAUUGUGCUGGUCAAGAACAUCAACUCCACCCACCGAGUUGAGGGUAUCCCCAGCCAGUUCAACCUGUCUGGAGCUUACGACAACUCUGAGGCUGACAUCAAGGCGUGGGGCGCUAAGAACAACGUCAUCUCCUCCACUGCCUUUACCUCUUAAGUGGGUAGAGAAAUGGUGAUGAUUUGUCUCUAUAGACUGAAACUUUUCAAACCGCUGGUUUUCUCUUUUGGACAGAUGCACCGAGAUUUUUUUGUCAUUGGGUGACAAUAAUUGGUGUCUUGGAGCCUUUUCCCUUUUUCAUCUAGAGCUAGAGAAUGAAUGUCUACUGGUUCAUAUGGGAGCUGGUUUAGGUUGGGCGGUGAGCAGUUGUUUUAAUGACAGUCACGACAUGACCUUUAUGUUUAUGAAUGGUUAUGGGACAAGAACAAAACGGAUAAAAUAAUGGUAUGUCUGGGGUAUUCAAGGGUAUUGAAAAAAGAAGAUGGCAAACUUUUUGAUGUCACCAUGGGGUGCAUGAGAUUUGCAAGAUUUAGUAUGAAUAGAAUGAAUGAAUCUGAAACGGAAAAUAAAAAGAGAAACAGAAAAAAAAAAGAUGUCCAGACUUUGGGGGCUUGUAGCUUGGUAGACGUUUGUUGGUUUUUAAACUUGAUGAAUUGCUGC